AAGCCAAAAUCAAGAACCUGAAACUCGAGUUCCAAACCCUAACUUUGUCGAUAUGAUUCUCACCACAUCAGAAUAGAUGUUACAAAAUAUACAAAUAAUCAAAAUAGUCUAGAAAUAAUAACAAUAAUAAGAAAAGCAAAUAAUAAAACAGAUAAAUUUUGAGCGGUAGAUCUGAAAGUUUAAUGCUUUUAGUUCACAAAGGGGUACAGAAAAUUACUACAUCAAAGAAGGCAUAGUUGGCGACGAUGACGGUGGCUACGAUUCCACCCAAGAUGGCAGGUGGACCAGUGAGCAAAGUCCAUUUACGAUGAAUCAUUUUGCUUCUCCUCCUGCGCUCAGAAUCCCUCUUUCUGGUUAAUGCUUCUCUCUUCUGAGGCUUCGAUAUUUGAUGACAUGCCAACCCGAAUCCUGAACUAUCCGGCUCUCUUUCAGAUGGGCCGAAAUUCUGAGCCAGGCCCAUUUAAUUGAAAUGUGUGGAGGAACUCAAUUCAAUUGUUCUAAUCGGGACAUAUGCAGGACACGACCCGGUCCGCUGGAAAAAAAACACAGCCCGAAGGGCACUGUCCGUAGGGGUAACCAGUUUUAUUAACCAGAUGAGGAAUAAUACAGGUGGUCCGUAGAAUUCUGGUUACUGAAACUGAACUUGUUUUCAUUACAAGUCGCCGUGUUAGCUAAAAAACGCAGCUGAUUAGCUUCAGGGUAGCAUGGAUCAAAAGCCUCACAUAGCUAUAGUACCGAGUCCAGGGAUGGGUCACCUCAUCCCACUCGUUGAGUUUGCCAAACAACUCGUUCUUCACCAUGAUUUCUCAGUUACUUUCAUCAUCACCACCACCGGAUCCGAACUACUCAAAGCCCAAAAGUUAGCCCUUGACAACCUCCCUCAAUCUAUAAACCUUAUAUUUCUUCCUCCAGUUUCCUUUGAAGAUCUAUCUAAAGAUACAAGCAUCCAAGCCAAACUUACCCUCGCUACCACUCGCUCUCUUUCUUUAAUCAGUGAAGCCAUCAGGUCAUUAGUUUCUACUUCUAGACUCGUGGCUUUGGUUACUGAUCAUUUCGGUACAGACGCUUUUGAUGUUGCUUUUGAAUUUAAUGUCCCUCCGUAUCUAUUUUUCACAGCCUCUCCUUUACAGUUGGCGUUUCUUUUAUUUAACUUGCCAACUAUGGAUCUGAAUGUUUCUUGCGAGUACAGAGACAUCCCCACUCAGGUUAUUGAUAUACCGGGAUUCGGCGUCUUGGUUCAUGUAUCAGAUUUACCCGACCCGGUUCAAAAUCGAAAAGGUGAUGCAUACAAAUGGUUUCUUCACAAUACGAAACGGUUUGUUUUAGCAGAAGGAAUUCUAGUAAAUAGUUUUGUUGACUUUGGAGUAAGCCUCAUUGGCGCUCUGCAAGAAGAAGGAACAGGUAAACCUCCUGUUUACCCGAUUGGACCGCUCAUAAGGUCCAGCUCGAGCAAUGAAAGUAGUGGGUCUGAUUGUCUUGAAUGGUUAGAUAGGCAACCAAGUAACUCUGUUUUAUUUGUUUCGUUUGGUAGUGGUGGAACCCUUUCUUAUGAUCAGCUCACUGAAUUUGCCUUAGGCUUAGAGAUGAGUGAGCAAAAAUUUUUAUGGGUUGUGAAAAGCCCAGAUGACAAGUCUGCUAGUGGUUCAUAUUUCAGUGUCCAAAGUAACAAAAAUCCUUUUGAUUUCUUGCCAAAAGGGUUUGUAGAAAGGACCAAGGGACAGGGCUUGGUAGUACCAUCUUGGGCACCACAAAUUGAAAUACUUGGGCAUAGCUCAACUGGAGGCUUCGUCAGCCAUUGUGGUUGGAAUUCAAUACUUGAAAGUGUUGUGCAUGGCGUGCCUUUGAUUGCCUGGCCUCUAUUUGCUGAGCAGAGGUUGAACGCUGUGAUAUUAUCUGAGGAUCAAAAAGUAGCAUUGAGACCUAAAGCAAAUGAAAAUGGGCUUAUUGGAAGAGAUGAACUCGCAAAGGUAGUGAAGGAUCUCUUGACAAGUGAAGAAGGAAUGAAGAUUCGUGAACGAAUGAAUAGCCUAAAAGAGGCUGCAGCCAAGGCUUUGAGUAAAGAAGGAUCAUCUACAAAAACGCUUUCUGAUAUGGUGCUCAAGUGGAAGAAUCAUAGAAUUUAACUUCUUGUUUACUCUGUGUUGUUGUUUAAUUAUGUUCUUGGGUUUACGUAUCAUUGUGGUUGCAGAGAUUAAUCAUUAAUUGAACAAGUAGAAAAUUUUAUUUUAAA